GUUAAUUUGUUUUGGCGGAUUUCGUGGCUAUGUCCAAACCGGAGCAACUGGUGCUGGACAUGGUAUCCGUUUGCCGGACCUGCCUGCAGGAUGGUGACGCCCACAUGGUCUCCAUUUAUGAGCGAGAUGAGGCUAAGGACCGUGGCGGCAUUUCCCUGUGCGAGAAAAUCGAAAGUUUCACGGGCAUACAAAUAAAACGCACCGAUGAUCUGCCCACCAGAAUUUGUCUCAAGUGCAAAGCAUUUCUCACCUUGGCCUACAAAUUUCGACAGAUUUGCCAACGUUCAAACGAUUUUCUGCGAGAUUAUGUCUGCAAGAGUGUGGCAGUGGAGCCGGAGGCCAGUCCACCAUCGCCGCAGCAUGUCGCAGAGACGGAACAAUACGAACAAUUGGAAGUUGAGGUGCUGGAAGAGGGCAUGUGGUCCACGGAUGAUAUAAUCGAGGAGGAACAGCCCACCAAAGAAGUCGAGGAAACGGAGACGGUCACAGUCCUAACCGUGGAGACGGUACCACCGGCUUCACAGCCAGUCGAAGCCACUGCCAACAGUGCGGGCAAAGUCUAUGUGUGUGAUAUGUGUGGCAAUAGCUAUCCCCGCAAGAGCACGCUGGACACGCACAUGCGACGACAUCGCAACGAGCGGCCCUACGAGUGCGAAAUCUGUCACAUGUCCUUUCACGUCAACUACCAACUAAUGCGCCACAUACGCAAGCACACGGGCGCACGUCCCUAUUGCUGUCCCUAUUGCCAGCGACGUUUUGCGGAUCGCACUUCGCUGGUGAAGCACGAACGUACGCAUCGCAAUGAGCGUCCCUAUGUCUGUGAGACUUGCGGCAAGAACUUCACCUACGCCAGCGUCCUAAAGGUUCACUACAAAACGCACACGGGCGAAAAGCCGCACAUCUGUCGACUCUGCGGCAAGAGCUUUGCCAGGAAUCACAAUCUGGUGGCUCAUUUGCAAACGCAACAGCAUCUUAAUGAUCCGCGCACCGCCAGCUAUUUGAACACGCUGAAAGCUGGGAACAUCGCAGCGGUUGGUUAAGAAUAGGAAAUAGCAAAUAGCAGGCAAAUCCUUCC